CAGAGAGAGGUAGAGAGAAAGAAGAGGAAAUAGAGAAAGAGAGAGAGAGGGGGAAUUGGGGCAAACAUGACAUGAGUAGCGCGUUCAAAACAAGCAGCACUGUGUUCAUACUCGCAUAUACCUGCACUAAUGGGAGAGCUGGUGUUUGGAAAGUGACGGACUGUGUGUCAGUGUACCAGUGUGAGUGGAAGACAGCGGCAGCUGAUGCUUUUAGUGGAUUUUUGGAACGGGACUGAUUUAAGACAGAAAGGCCUUUCAUCCUGCAGUCAACCACUGAGGGAGCAGUUUCAGACAGAAGGAACAAGACUCCCAGAGAGAUUGACAUGCUGAGGUAGACGGGCUGCCCUACAUCCUGUUGGCUGUAAGGAGAUCAAGGACACUUGUACGCCAGCUGAGCUCCAUGUGCCAUUCUGCUUUACUUUUAUCAAACAACAAGAAGAAAGAAGAGGACAAAAACGUAUAGGACAUUUGUGUUCUUUCAAGGCCGGUUUGAUACAACUACGGUCUGUGAAAAUUCUUGACAGUGACCCACUAAGAGGACACAUGAGGUUUGCUAACACUGAGCACAAGCAGUUUCAUCCCCACUUGUAAUAACAAUACCAAACCUGCAAUAAACAGACCAAGAACUUUGGGAGAAAACUUACAAGAUCUAUUUCUGUCACUACCGGCUACUUCACUUGACCUCUGACCUAGUUCUUCCCUAGUGACUUUGUAAACAUUUCAAACUGGCUGCCACAGGACAAGAAUGGAAAAUCUGACUGCAGCUCUCAAGACAUUGAAUAAAAACUCAGGAAAUAACCUAAACUGCCUUGAGACUUUCACUGGUUAUGAAAACCCUUCUCCUGUCCAAGGAAGUCCAGCUCGCUUAGGGCGCCUCAUCAAGCCUAAACCCAAUAUGACCUGCAGGCGAAAGCGCGAGUUCAUUUCUGAUGAGAAGAAGGAUGCCUCCUACUGGGAGAAACGACGUAAAAACAAUGAAGCAGCCAAGCGAUCUCGGGAGAAGCGACGUCUCAAUGAUAUGGUCCUGGAGAACCGUGUCAUUGCACUGAAUGAUGAGAAUGUGAGGCUCAAGACAGAGCUGCUCCAGUUAAAGCUACGCUUUGGCCUUAUAAGCACUGCUUCUUACAUUGAAAAGAGCCAACAGAUCAGUGGAGGAAACAAUGUAGGAAAUGGAGGCUCAUCCUCAUCGUCUUCUACCCAGUACUAUUCCAGCGGUUACUCUAGUGGUUCUCAGGUGAUGAUGAACUCUGAUUCUUCAGAAACAGAGCAGUCAGGACACGGCGAGGGUCACAGGCAGUUGGUGAAAUACUCCCCACGAGGCUCUCUCUCUGACAUGUCUGAUGGAUCCUCCAGAGACAGCCCUGAGCCAAUUCCUUUUGAGAUCAAACAGGAAGGUGACAGGCUAGAGAUGGACAUUGCCAAUGGCACCACCACCCAGAUAAUGUUUAAUAUCCAUCGUGGUCUCGCCUCUGUGCCCACUCACCACCAAAUCCAGCAACAUUCUCAGGAGCUGGAGGCUGCUUAUCAUAGCCAUCAGCAGCAGCAUCCCCUUCAACAACAACAACAACCCCAUCAGGAACCUGUUACCACUAUCAACACUGUCAGCCAGCCUUCCCCUCAUCCACCUGCUGCCCAGAGGAGCGUGAUUCUAUAUGGUUCCAGCAGUGCCUCCUAUCCAGUUGAAACCCUGACAAGGCCCCAAGACAUCAAUCUGCAGGCAGCUCAGAAUCACAGCAGCAGUAGCAGCCAGAUGGGUGUCAGUCAACUGUCGCAGUCCAUCACUGAGGGCUCCACAGAGCCACUGGCUGAGGUGAAAAAGCAGCUUGAGAGGAAGUCAUUAGAUUCCUCUACUUAUGAGCUCUCAGACAGUCACAAUGAGGCUGAGGAUGGACAAAUGUACAAAGUCUGCCAACUUACCCAGCAGCACCUGCAGCACGAGCAGCAGCCACACCAGCAAGAGGGCGAUUCACCUGCAGGGAUCCUCCACAAACAAAUAGAGGGAGUCCACCAAUCACAGCUGUACCACCAUCUCCAGCAGCCUCAUCAUUCGUACCUCAGUGCCCAAGAUGAGGAGCCACCUGUGCUUACCUAUGAGGGUGGGCCCAGAAGGGAGGCGUUUUACCAAGGCCAACCUAGCAUCGCUAGUAAAUUCACUUCAUCCAGUGAUGGAGACCACUGCAGCUCUGAUAAAGAGGUCUCCGCAGAUGAUGACGACUUCCCCUCCUCGUCCUGCCCAGAUACGGGCAGCUACAGUAACCAACAACUGUCUGGCCUCCACCAACCUGCCUCACCUGCACCCUCCUCCCAAAGCUGCUCUCAGGCCCAGGGCCGGGAUCCACAGGGGGAGGUGAAGGGCACGGCGUUGCCUCACAAACUCAGACUCAAACACCGGGCCAUGAGCUCGGGUAGCAGUGGUGGACACUCCUCCGGCCAGGAGUCCCCAACAACCCCUCCCUCUGCAACACCUCCUCCCCUUCCCCAGCACCCCUACUUGUCUCUCAUGCCACAGCAGAACAUUAACAGAGAGAGCCAAGGUGGAGCCUGUAAGCAGGGAGGCUCAGGGGAGGGGGCUAAGAAGGAAAGCGGGAAAAAGGAGACAGGUGGACGACGAAACAAGAGGCGAGAUUAGGGGACAUUUUAAACUAGUCACUGUAGAUAUUUCUUGUUAAAGAACUACCCUGCCAUCAUGCCUUCGCCCUAUAACGGAAUCCCCUCCUCAAGCCCGUGGGACAGGAAGCUGGGCUUUGCUAAUCCCCUACCCGCUGAAUAUCACCAAAAAGGAUGGACAAUUUGUAGGGCUGUAUCAUAUUUGUGUAUAUUGUACAGAUUUAUCAUUUCUUACAUCCUCUCCAUACUUACAGAAGCACUUUUGUUUAUGUGAUAAGAGGAGGAAUGGAACUGCCUGCUUUACUCAUCAAACAAUAUCCAGCAGAGUACAUCAGCAACCAUCAACAUUUUGAUCACUUCAAUAAAAGAAUGUAGGAAAAGUUUUGAGCUUUAUCAGUACUAUAAAUUUGGUACAUAUCUGACUGUAGACAAGCAUACACUUGUAUGGCUAUCUGCCUUAAUUAAAAUCAAAUGCAAACAUACACUGGGGACAUUCCCUUGACCAAAGAAGCACCAACACUACAAAUAUGAAGUUCCAUACCUCUUCCCAGACCCUACCUCUACCUACCCAUACUUUUACCCAGUCAUCUCCUUUAUUACACAAAAGAUUGCCAUUACCUUUAUUUUUUAAGCACUUGGUUUGUAUAUUACUGUGAUAUAUGAAUAUAUGUAUCUAUUAUAAAUAUAUAUUUUACAAAGUAAUUUGAAUACAAGUUCAACAAAAAAAGAAAAAACCUACAAUGUUUAAAGAGGGUUUUGAAAGUGACCAUCUUAUAAAUCAUAAUUACUGUACAGCCACGUUUCUGCUACAGGACCCAUUUAAAUUAAAAUGCCUCACUUUUGAUUGUUAAGCUUUAGCAUUAAUCAUUUGUUAAUGCCCUGUUUACACAGAAAUGGCCGUCCAAUUUGGAGAGCCAACAGCACUGAAUGGAGAACAUGUUGUUUUCUGAGGCAAGGGCCUCAUUAAAAUGUUUGGAUUUCUUUACCUUUAACCAGCCUUUAAAUUUUUGGUGGAAUUCACCAGCUGCAGGCUAUAAGCCUUUAGUUUAUUUGAGCUUUAUCAACCAUAUGUUGUUGUUGUUGUUACCAUUCACUGGCCCAAUGUAUUUAUUUCCCUCUUCUCCACACGCCUGUCACUGUAGAAAAGCCCACAGGAACAUAGACGGAGAAUGUGUACAGACCUUUUUAGAUACAUACUGCAGCUUUGAGUUUAAACAGUUAUGUUAGCAUGGGAUGUAAGAGGCAAAACCAGGAAGUUGGAUGUAGUCACACAACAGUGCACUGAGUUUUAAAGUUCGCUUGUGAAGGUGUAAGAAUAGAGUCCUUUAUACUGGACAUCUACUGAAUUUAAAAUGGGUUCUAUGGUGUGGCCAAGCAGAGUCCCCAUGGCUUAUUUUUAUUCCAGAUAUUUGAAUGAUUAUGAAAUAAUAUUUUUAACAGAUCUCUGCCAAAUAUGCAGAAUCGAAAAGAAGGGGCAUCUUUUAGUGUCAGGAGCAUUUCAUAAUUAUUGCUGUCAAAGUAAUACUGAUCAGUCAGGUUUCGGCAGGCUGGUCUCAUGAAACAACAUGAAGGAGAGCACAACUCAUUCAUCAAAAUGAAAUUUCUUUUAUACUUUUAAACCAUCAGACAACAAUGAAGUGCUUUAUUUAUCAGUACAACAAACUGCUUAUUAAUGCAGACAUUUCCCUAAACUUUGCGUCCACUCUCACAUCUUCAGGUGCUCACUGACGAGACAGCUGACUAGAUAGCUGUGGCCCACGGUUACGUUUUAUCUCUCCAUUAUCUGCUAGGCAUACCAGCAACCCAAACAACUGGCCAUUGCCCAAGAGGCUUGAUCAUCUACAAAUGAUUACAAAUUGAGAUUGUUGUAUAAUGAUAGCUGAAGUAAAACCAAAUUUCUUGAAUCCUCCAAGUGCCCAAGUUGAAAAACUUCAAACAAUAAUUUGAUACAUAUAUAUUUUGAAAUAAAAAAGACUUCCCUUGUUUCUCAUGUGCCUCCACUAUUCAUUUGAAGGGGUUAGUCAUCCCUUUCCAUGGUAGUUCUGCUGGGCAGCGAUGACUUCACUGCACUGGAUAGUUGUUUUAACAAAAGUCUGUGUACCAUGUUCGGCUUUUGGUGCUUGUGUAUAAAUGUAAAGCUCCCCCUCCUGUGAACAACACUGUAAUGUUUAUUUCAUUGGUUUUUAUAUCCUUUUUUCAACAAGGCGUUGUUCUGAUUUCCUUUUUACUGUGUCUUUUCUGCUAUUGAAAGUGAUUACAUGUAUUUGCCUCAUCCCCCUCCCCCCCUUUAUUUCAGUGUGUAUUAAUCAGUAAUGUUUGUGGUUUUGCUGAUGGUUUAUGAAAAAUACAAGAGGACAAAAAACAGGCAAAGAAGUGUUUAGAUAUGGGUGGUGGUUGGACUGGUUGGUCAUUACCAUUGCUUCCUUUUGACAUGAAUACGUAUGUAAAGACACUAAUGUUCAUUGUGGAAGAUGGGAGCAUUUCAAGACCGGAAAAAUAAAAUAAAGAAUGUUGGCCAUAUCAACAUAUCAUGCAAAG